AAGUUGACUCGAAGGCUGAAGCGGCGGUAUGAUGAGCAAAACCAUGUCAGCCAGGACAUCAACGACCUGGCUCCCAUCGAUCAGCACUUGGAGAAGGAGCACCAGGAGAAGACCAAGGUGAAGAACAUCCAGGCAGUGGAGGUCGGCAAGUACGAGAUGGACACGUGGUACUACUCGCCCUACCCGGAGCCGUACAACAGCCUGGAGAAGCUGUACCUGUGCGAGUACUGCCUCAAGUACUUUGGCAAGAAGAAGACGCUGCUGCGACACAGCGCCAAGUGCGACCUGCGCCACCCGCCCGGCGACGAGAUCUACCGCGCAGCCACCAGCCCCACCAUCGCCGUCUUCGAGGUCGACGGCAAGCGCAACAAGGUGUACUGCCAGAGCCUGUGCUUGCUAUCCAAGCUCUUCCUGGACCACAAGACGCUCUACUAUGACGUGGACCCCUUCCUCUUCUACAUCCUUUGCGAGCGCGACCAGCAAGGGUACCACAUCGUUGGCUACUUCUCGAAGGAGAAGUGCAGCGUGGAGGGGUACAACCUGGCCUGCAUCCUGACGCUGCCGCCGUACCAGCGCAAGGGCUAUGGCCGCUUCCUCAUUGCCUUCUCCUACGAGCUCUCCAAGAAGGAGUGCAAAGUGGGCACCCCCGAGCGGCCCCUGUCAGACCUCGGCCAGGUGUCGUACCGGUCGUACUGGCAGCGCAGCGUGCUGGAGCUGCUGUACACCCACCGCGGCCAGCUCAGCAUCAAGGACAUCAGCGACAGGACGGCCAUCCGCACGGAUGACAUCGUGCGCGCGCUGGAGGUGCUCAACCUGAUCAAGUACUGGAAGGGCGAUCACAUCAUUAGCGUCACCCAGCGAGUCAUCGAGGAGCACCUGCGCAUCCUGGACAAGAAGAAGGUCAUGGGCAUUGAUGUCUCGCGCUUGCACUGGACCCCCUACGUCCCCGCCAACGCCGUGGGCAAGAAGUGACAGGGCUUGCUGCAUGUUGGGCUUCACUAGAUCCGGGGAAUGCAGCAGAAUGGGCACCACUAGAUUAGGUGGAUGCAGAUUGGGUGCUCGUGGAUGAUGGGUCUUUCCCUGCAAGGCUUCGCAAGUGGCCGCACAGCUGCCCUUGUAACAGAAUGUAUUAGCUGUGUUCUCUGCACAAUCAGAGGGCUGCAAGAAUUCUGACUUAACUCUGCCUCCUUUGUCUGAUCGUAUGGGGCCCUUUGGAUCAUGACAUGUGACAUCUUUGACUAGAUACGCUUUGACUGAUGAGAAGAAUGUAUUUUGUCGAGCUGUUGCUUGUCUUUUGUGCCUAGUCUUUGUAUCUUGAUGAAGUUUAUGCUUGACAGCGUUCUUGUGAGCCAAGUGCUGGGAACAAGAUGCUGUCAAGGAGUCCCUUUAUAUUUUAUUGUGAGCUGCUGAUGAGCUCAUGUUCAUAGCUGUAAGGCAGAGGCUUUGAUGGU